GCACAACAAUGGAGAGAGAGACCAUGUGGGUUGGAACCUCAGAAGUCAGAGUUGUAGACUACUGCUCGUGCUGGGCCAUGACUCAUGUUCCCCUGCACUCCAUCCCACUCUUGUCUAAUGUAUUAAAGCAGCUGCUUGCCUGACUGCUUCACCCCAAAAAAAUAUAACAAAGCAGCUGGCAAUCUUCUUCUUUUGCACAACCUAUCAUAGCUUCCCAGUAAAAAAGAUGUUUUCAAUUUGUCACCGUCACCGACCAACAUUAAACUCCAUUCAAUAAUAAUGAGCACCCCUGCUCACUUCCACCUACAUCUAUUUAUAACCCCAUUAACCUAACACAUAUCUCACUGAGACACAGCCAAAUAGUACAUGUACAUCCCCCUGCUUCGUCUUCUUCCCCAAUGGCGUCCAGAUCUAUGUUGUUGUUUGUACUUGCAGCUGCUCUCCUAGCUGUUUCUUCCUACGCAGACCAAGAUCAUCAGUUCAUCUCCCAGGAGGCUGUUAGUAGCACCAAGUAUGCCAAAUCUCCUCCACCACCGUCUACACCGGUGGUGAAGCCAGCGCCGACUCCCUCUCCUUCACCAUCACCUCCGGCGAAACCCUCCCCACCGCCACUGGUCAAGCCAGUGCCGAGUCCCUCUCCUCCACCAUCCCCGCCGUACAAGAAGCCACCAACUACUCCGACUCCUUCUCCAGCUGUCCCCAAGCCACCCACCCAUUCCCCUGCCCCUUCCCCUUCCCCUGUUCCAGUCCCCAAGCCCCCAACUGCUGCCCCUCCUUCUCCAUCGCCUUUCGUCCGCUCAAUCAAAGAUUGUGCCCCACUGUGCGCGAAUCGGUGCAAGCUGCACUCGAGGCCGAAUCGGUGCAACAGGGCCUGCGUGAGUUGCUGCUCCAAGUGCAAAUGCGUUCCACCUGGUACCUCUGGCAACCGGGAGAAGUGCGGGACUUGCUACACUGGCUUGACCACUAAAUUCAACCAGCCCAAGUGCCCUUAGACAAAACUCUCUCUGUGUUUCUUGCUUCGUAUUGUUGUGGAUUUAGAAGCUAUGCAAUGUUGAAUCAUCGGAAAGAGUCUUGAGAGAGAGAGAGAGAGAGAGAGAGAGAGACCAGCGGGAUCGGAAAAUAAAAUGGGGUUGCUAGAUAGUUUAAUGUUUUGCCGGAGUCUCAGAUGUGUUUCCUGCUACUAUUGUGUCCAUCUUGUUACCAUGUUCAUCUUCAUCAAUAUACUAGCGUGCCGUUAUUGUUGAUCUUUCUUUGUGUUGGUUUUAACUUGCACGUCCAAUUUUCUCGAAGCAAUUCAGCCCUGCACAGAAGGUUCAUGUGUCUCGGAGCCUUGCAAAUUGCAACUUGGAUAAGAAUGACCUUGUUAUUUGUCUCGGUGCAUGUGUUGUUCCUGUCUCGAGGAAGGACUAUAACCAAGGAUCCCUUAUGCUUGGAAUUUCCCAAAACGUUACUUCUUUUAAGGUAGAAAGAGGUUAACAUGACAUACUUUGUUAUAUUAAGUAAAUGGUUUAAACAGAG